AGGCCGGGCCAUGGAGGGGCAGCAUGACACCUGUGGCUCCACCUGGGAGCCCCCGCCGGGCAGGAGCCGCCCAGAUUCACCGUGGUCUUGGAUUCCAAUAAUGAGAGACCCUGGAUGGAUUCGAAAUGUGUGGUCUUCAAACAUUAAUGCCCAGACCAUGAAUUACGUCGGGCAAUUGGCCGGCCAGGUGUUUGUCACUGUGAAGGAGCUCUACAAGGGGUUGAAUCCUGCCACCCUGUCCGGAUGUAUCGAUAUCAUUGUUGUCCGCCAGCCCAACGGGAGCCUUCAGUGCUCCCCUUUCCAUGUCCGCUUUGGGAAAAUGGGUGUCCUGCGCUCUCGGGAGAAAGUGGUUGACAUAGAAAUCAACGGGGAAUCUGUGGAUUUGCACAUGAAAUUGGGAGAUAAUGGAGAAGCGUUUUUUGUUCAAGAGACUGAUAAUGAUCAGGAAGUGAUCCCCAUGCACCUGGCAACCUCCCCUAUCCUGUCGGAAGGAGCCUCGCGGAUGGAGUGCCAGCUAAAAAGGAAUUCUAUAGAUAGGAUAAGAAGCCUCGACCCCAGUGCCUCAGCCCAAGUCUUACCUCCCAGUGAGACCCCUUCAAGUGGCUCUUUAGUGAAGAAGAGAAGAAAAAGGAGGAGAAAGUCCCAGCUAGACAGCCUGAAAAGAGAUGACAACACGAACACAUCUGAAGAUGAAGACAUGUUUCCCCUCGAGAUGAGCUCGGAUGAGGAGACAGAGCCGCUGGACAGCAGUGGAACUCUCUCUGAUGGUAUACCUCCAUUCCACGCUGGUCCCCAGGAAGACCCUUCCCCAGUCGUGACCUACCCUCGGUCAGCAUCAUACCCUAAUUCUGAUAGAGAGGGGUCGCCCAACGUGAGUAGCCUGAUAGAUUGCGAAAGGACCUCUCAUCGGGCAGUUGCAGCCGAGGGAGGGCUUUCUAGUUCUUGCCCUCCACAGCCUUCCCAUUCCCACACUCCAGAAAGUCCUUCAGUUUCCCGACCUUCAACACCUAAAAGUGAUUCAGAAUUGGUCAGUAAGCCCCCGGAUAGGACGAUGCAGAACAAUAACCUAGAAAUGCUCUGGCUUUGGGGAGAAUUACCACAAGCUGCAAAGUCAUCACCACACAAGAUGAAAGAGUCCAGCUCACUGAACAGUAGAAAAAUCUGUGACGAAGUGCACUUUCAGGCCAUUCAGAGCGAAUCUUCAGAUGCAUUUAGUGACCAGUUGCCCACACUGGCCAGGGCACCUCCUGGGCAGCCACUUUCAGAGCAGAACAACCCCCUGACAGAGAUGCAGUUUGGUAAUGAAGAGGAUGCCGAGGCUCUGGGGGUAGCAGCGCUGCCUCUGCUUAGGAUUGAAGACCCCAAACCUCUCUGUGCUGGCGCAGCCCCUACAGCAAGCAAGACAGAUUCUCCGAGGAGAAAAGACAAGCGAAGCAGACAUCUUGGUGCUGAUGGCGUCUACUUGGAUGACCUCACGGAUAUGGAUCCAGAAGUGGCCGCCUUGUAUUUCCCCAAAAACGGAGAUCCUUCUGGGCUCUCAAAACAUGCCAGCGACAAUGGAGCCCGGUCAGCCAACCAGUCCCCGCAGUCCGUGGGCAGUUCUGGUAUGGACAGCGGCAUGGAGAGCACCUCGGACGGCCUGAGGGACCUGCCGUCCAUCGCCAUCUCCCUCUGCGGGGGCCUCAGCGACAACAGGGAGAUAACCAAAGAUGCAUUUUUGGAACAAGCUGUGUCAUACCAACAGUUUGUGGACAACCCUGCUCUCAUCGAUGACCCCAAUCUGGUGGUGAAGAUCGGGAAUAAAUAUUACAACUGGGCAACAGCAGGCCCUCUGCUCCUGGCAAUGCAGGCCUUCCAGAAACCUUUGCCAAAGGCCACUGUGGAAUCUAUCAUGAGGGAUAAGAUGCCCAGAAAGGGAGGAAGAUGGUGGUUUUCAUGGAGGGGAAGAAAUACCACAAUCAAAGAGGAAAAUAAGCCAGAGCAGUGCUUGGAUGGAAAGAGCCGCAGUCCCGGGGAGCAGCCAUCACAGCUUAGCAUGGCCACCAGAAUAAAGCAUGAAUCAUCUUCCAGUGAUGAGGAGCAUGCAGCUGCCAAGCCAUCAAGUGCAAGCCACUUCCCCCUGCUGUCCAACGUCAGCUACAAGAAGACCCUCCGGCUCACUUCAGAGCAGCUUAAAAGCUUGAAGUUGAAGAAUGGCCCCAAUGACGUGGUUUUCAGUGUUACCACACAGUAUCAAGGCACGUGUCGCUGCGAAGGCACCAUUUAUCUGUGGAACUGGGAUGAUAAAGUUAUCAUUUCUGACAUUGAUGGGACCAUCACCAGAUCAGACACUCUUGGCCACAUCUUGCCCACCCUCGGGAAGGACUGGACCCACCAGGGUAUCGCUAAGCUGUACCACAAAGUGAGCCAAAAUGGAUAUAAGUUUCUCUACUGCUCUGCACGUGCCAUCGGGAUGGCGGACAUGACCAGGGGCUAUUUGCACUGGGUCAACGAGAGGGGCACGGUGCUGCCCCAGGGGCCCCUGCUGCUGAGCCCGAGUAGCCUCUUCUCUGCUUUGCACAGAGAAGUGAUUGAAAAGAAGCCAGAAAAAUUUAAAGUUCAGUGUUUGACAGACAUCAAAAACCUGUUUUUUCCAAAUACAGAACCCUUUUAUGCUGCCUUUGGAAACCGACCAGCUGAUGUGUAUUCAUAUAAACAAGUAGGAGUCUCCUUGAACAGAAUAUUCACUGUCAACCCCAAAGGUGAACUCGUACAGGAACACGCCAAGACCAACAUCUCCUCAUAUGUGAGACUCUGUGAAGUGGUUGACCACGUUUUCCCAUUGCUGAAAAGAAGCCAUUCUUCAGACUUCCCCUGCUCAGACACUUUCAGUAAUUUCACCUUUUGGAGAGAGCCACUGCCUCCUUUUGAAAACCAGGAUGUUCAUUCUGCCUCAGCGUAAAAGGUUCCAGGCAACCUCCUGACGUCACAUGAAGACUGGGCACCCCCAUUAAAGGAGAGGCUCUGGGAGCCAUGGAGCAGGAACUCAGGAGCCUGAUGUGCAGUCAUUUGCUUCAGAGCAGAGGGAGCUGAGAAGCAUCUCUCCCCGUGCUCCCUGCCCAGCGGCUGACAUUUGGAAGUGAGAUAGGGAGGGUGCACUGCAGGGGCAAGGCCUCAGGUGUGCGCACGGCGGAGAAGGCAUUCCUGGGCUGGGGCUUAAGCCGCCGGAAACUGCCCUUCCCAGCCGCCCCAGCAGUUGGUUACCGUUAAAGUGAGGUUGAGGCCCAUCAUACCUAAGCAGAGAGCUGCAGGGGGUCCCCGCCGAUGUUACCAUUUGAGGAACGCCAUGUGUGCCCGACUUCUGUGCUUGGCAAGAGUGCCGUGCAGGGUCUCUCCGCUGGCGUCUGUGGUCUCUGCAGGGAUUCCAGCUUCACUGUGCUGGGCCUUGGCCUCGUGGAUGUGCCCUUGCGGUAUAUGCCGACCGGUUGCAUAGGUGAUACGUUCUCCUUUAAUGCCUUUGGUUAAAGGUAACCUGUGUCAUUGGCAUAUUUCCCCCCACUUGUGUGGUUCAAGGCUGGAAUAGUUAUGCCUUAAUGUUUUUGUUUAGAAUGUGCUUCAUUUGGCUCUUUGUAACUUUGCAAUGCCUUAAGUUCAGAUCAUAGCGUAUGUUAGCAGGGCAGUAUUUUGAAUCAGCUCAGCACUCUGCCAGCAGCCUUUCAUCCAGUGAGGAGGUGCUGAAAAUGUGGACUUGAACAGAGCUUAUGCCAAAUGAUAAUGAUGCCGAUUUCUAGGGGAGUUCUCAAAAGAAACUGGUUGGUUUUAAGAAAAUAGUUUCAGGAAGUUGUAUUCUUUGUAGAUAUUAUUUAUUAUUUUACUCUGAUUGGGUUACUAUUAUUAGCAUUUUAGCCAUAUUCUUUCUACUAUAACUGUCAUUAAUACAUUAGAAAGAUACACAUGUUGGACCCAAAGAGGCUUAUUUUGUAUAGCUCACGACACUGACCUUCUUUUGGGUUUGAUGGGUAAUACUCUUUUUUUCCCUUACCUUUUCCACUCAAAUUAAGGGUAAGUGGAUAAGUAAUAGUUUGAGUGUCAUUCUUUGCUGGUGGAAAAUGAUUCUUUUACUUUUUUAUUAAAUUGGCUUGUGGAGAGAACAAUUUGAAAAGUGAAAGAAUUAUUUUGGUAAAAGAUUUUGCUUUAUUUUUUGAGGUAUUAUUUUUUUAAAGAACAUUUUACUCCGAUGAUUGAAAUGCUUUCCUAUUUAAGUUGCAUUGUUAGAGUUAGAGGAGGCAAAAAAUGGAACAGUUGAAUGAAAUUAUACUCUUUCUAUGAAAGAAAAACCCAAGGGGCUGCCUUCCUUGUGGUGGCAGGCUCUGGCAGUGGAGGCCUUUACUCAACAGUCCGCGCGGCCCUACAGAGAGGCAGACACAAGCACGCAGUCGAUUGCAGAUGGGCCCAGAAACACCAAUGUGCACGUGCAGUUCCCUUUUGGAGGCACUCAAAAUAAUUGAAAAUAGCCUUGCCUUAACUACCUGGGCUUGUUCAUUAGCGACCUUUAGAGGCUAAAUGAAUUCUUCCUGUCAUGAGGUAUUUUGGGGUGAAGUUUAACUUGUGACCUAAGCCUAAGCUUCGUGGGCCUGCAGAGGUGACAGCAUCUCCCUUGCACUAGGGGGUUUGACUUUGAGAUUGGCAGCAUAUCCCUUGUGCCAUUUACCCGUCACUGGGAUGGCUCUCCACAUGGAGCUGUGAGAGCACGCAACCUUGAGCUCCUAAUUUUGAUCUACUUUCGGCUUCCACACCGCUGCACUCUGACAUAGAGCCCACCUUCCGCCAGAAAAUCACCCUCUUGGGUCUGUGUCAGAUCCAGAGUGUGACCCCUGGAGAGUCUGUAACAUUCACACCUGGCUUGUGGCUUCAGAAAAUGAGAUUUGUGCCAGGCCUGCCACUCACGCGUUUGUGAGUUGGUUUAUCUGAAUCUGUAUAGUUAUAACCAACCCAGUAACCCUGUGCUCAUUUUGCUAGAAUGCUGUGUUUGGACCACAUGUUUCAAGGUUGCUCUUUGGAAAUGAAUCACCCACAGUGAUAAGUCAUCAAAUGUUCAUCACAUGUGAUGGAAAAACUGCUUAUACUUAGUACAUAGAAAAAUAUGUACUGGGUAUGUUGGAGAAAUGGUUAUACCUGCAAAGAGAAUUCCCUUUUCAAUUUUAGGUUUGGUUUACCCCUUUAAAUAUAUUUUAUUUACAACACUUGAUCUGUAUUUAUAUUUGCUUGUGCAAUGAUAAAAUCACUGUAAUACUCCUUUGUGUUGUGCUGGGUGCAAAGGUAGAAAAUAUUUUAAUAAAUGAGACUGAUGAAAGACUUAA